AUGGACUUGCCGUGCCGCCAGCAGCAGAAGCAGCAGCAGCAGCAGCAAUGCGCCUGCUUGCUGUCUGUCCGCGGCGGUCGCGGCAGCAUCUUGAACGCAUGGCACUCCGAUUCUUUCAUUGGCUCCGCUGCUCCCUUUGGCACUUUUGGCUCUACCCCGUUUUCCCUGGCCACGGCCGCUUCCCAGCGCGCCGCUUCGAUUCUCCCCCCGUCGUUCGAUUCCGUUUCUUCCCCUUUGUCCACCUUGUCAUCGCCUCCCUCGACCUUGGAUGCUUGCGACGACAUUCCCGCGCCUACUCCUGUCGCGGCGUUCUAUCUCCACCAGCUUCUCGGCUCGUCCAGCAAGGAGCGCGAUGUGGACCGGCUCUUGCACCACCCCGACAUGCUGUCUUACCUUGCCGGGCACUCUGCGGCCCCCUUCCGUCGCGCCUCGACUGCUGCCACCAAGCGCCCCAGCUCGGAGGCACUUGCUUCGCCGCCUGCUCAGCGCCCACGCCUGGAUGAUGGCUCCCAUUCGAGUGCUGCUGCUGCUGCGCCGCCCUCCUCUGCUGUCGAUUGGUUUGAACACGCAUCCUUGCGUGACAUUCUCAACGACGAAAAUCUCGUGCUGCACCUUGAUGCACCGUCCUUGUCCAUGCAACAGCUCGACCCGUCGCUUGCGAGUCCUCUUCCUGUGCAGACGCAGCCAGUCGCUGUGCGCCUUGACGUUCCGUCUUCGCCACCAGUCCUGGCCUCCAUUCCGCUCGUUCCGUCGGCCACCGACCUGGUCACCCUUGCUGACGACCACCACCUGCUUCUCGCCGAUCAUCCUCGCUCGCUUUCGGUUGAAGGCUUGCUGCUCAAAUCCAGUCCUUUGGUUUCCUCCCACGAUCACAAUCUUGCCGUCGCUCCGUUGCUGCUUGCAGGCGACAGCCUUCCCGCAGGCUCUUGGUCGCUGCCCGUGUCAAACUCGCACUCGGACACUUCCCCUUCUCGGGCCCUCCAGAGCCUGCUGGACGACUCGAGCGUCGAGCAUGCGUUGAACUCGUCCAGCGUUGCGAACGCCCACUUUCCCGACUUUGCAGGUCUCUUCGAGUUUGACGACCUCUCGCCGUUCCAACCUCCCGCGGCCUUCUUUUCCGAGCAGAGCUUUAGUCCUGCGUCGCCGUUGAAAGAGUCGACGCCCCAACCUUCGCCGUCCGCUGCUGCUGCUACUCCAGCUGCUCCAGCUGCUCCAGUUGUCGAACAGUCCCCGAUUAGCAAGCCGCGAGCUGCUUCCUCCCGCUCGCGAGCGACCACACAGCGUGCCGCUGCUUCCAGCAACAAGCCUGUCAAGGCCAGUGCCGUUGCUGCAGUUGCUGCCGAGAAGGCUGCUGCUGCUGCUCCUUCUGCAAGCAGUGAUUCUGACGGCGCCCAAGAACUCGACGCUGGCGAUCUUCCGCAGCGCAAGCUCUCUCGACGCGAGCGCAACAACAUUGCUGUUCGACGCUGCCGCGACAAAAACCGCGAAAAGUCUCUCGCUGCAAAGUCUCAAUGCGAAACGGUGGCGCAAGAAAAUGCCAAUCUCCGUGUGCGCAUCCAUUCUCUUGAGCAAGAAGUCAGCUACCUCAAGUCGAUGCUCUUGUCGCAAGUCAUCCCUGGCAUGCCGCUUCCAAGCGCUUCACGAUGA